AUGGAGUCGCCGGUGCAGGCUGUUUCGUAUGGGUUGAGCAGUGUCGGUAUCAUGGCUUCUGUGGGUGGAACGUAUCUCAACUUUGGUCUCUGGGGCAUCUCGCUGCUGCCGGCGUGGCUGGUCAUUCGCCAGUUUGGUGUGAGUUUGGAAGAUCGCAAGGUGGCAAGGGAUUAUGGACGUGAGUGA